AUGGAGGACAACACCAAGGCUAUCGGCCUCACGGCGCACCAGGUCGACGUGACCUCUGCCGAAGACAUCGACCCCGACACGCUCGCGUACGGUCUCGAGCUGGUCGAGCAGGAGAAGGUGACGUCUAUUAAGAGCGUUCUAGCGUCGCAUUACAAGGCUGCGGCUUGGGGCGUGAUGCUGAGCUUUGCGCUUGUCAUGGAGGGGUUCGACAUGAAUGUUGUCAACUCGUUCUACGGUCAGCCGGCGUUCCAGCGCAAGUUUGGCGACCUGCAGCCUGACGGAAGCUACAACGUUUCAGCGAAGUGGCAGAGCGCGAUCGGUAACAUGGCAUCAGUCGGCACGCUCAUCGGGCUCAUCAUCACGGGAUACUGCCAAGAGGCGUUUGGCGCGCGCAAGACGUACGCUGUCGGCAUGCUGGCCAUGAUCGCGACCAUUUUCUUGGCUGUGUUCGCGCAGAACUUGCCCAUGCUGCUCGCUGCCGAGCUGCUCAUGGGGAUCCCGUGGGGCAUGUUCCAGACGCUGUCGACCGCGUACGCGGCCGAGAUCUGCCCCAUCCGGCUGCGCGGCCUGCUCGCGUCGUUCGUCAACAUGGCCUGGGGUAUUGGCAUCUUCCUCAGCUCGGGCGUGACCCGCGCCACACUCAAGAUCGACAGCAACUGGGCCUGGCGCCUCCCGUACGCCCUGCAGUGGGUGUGGCCCGUCCCGCUGUUUGUCGGCGCGCUCCUCAUCCCCGAGAGCCCGUGGUGGCUCGUCCGCAAGGGCCGCAUCGACGACGCCAAGCGCGCCCUCGAGCGCCUCGCCCGUCCCGGAUACUACGACGAGCGCAAGCUCGACGCGUACGUCGCGGUCAUGAAGCAUACCGACGACCUGGACCGCGCCGAGGCCGCCAAGGGGUCCUACAAGGAGUGUUUCCAGGGCACGAACUUGCGCCGCACCGAGAUUAUGUUUGGCGUGUGGCUGUGCCAGAUCUGGGACGGUCAGUACAUCACCUCGUACGGCGUUGUCUUCUUUGAGGCUGCCGGCCUCGCAGCCGAGACGGCAUUUGACAUCAAUCUCUCCCUCAACUCGAUGUUCAUCAUCGGCACCAUGGUCGGCUGGUGCUUGAUCCCCCACUUCGGCCGCCGCACGCUCUACCUCGCCGGAAUGCUCCUCCAGGCGCUGCUCCUCCUCAUCACCGGUAUCCUGGGUGUCGUGCCCAGCCGCCCGGGCAUCACCUACGGUAUCGGUGCGAUCCUGAUCCUGAUCAACUUUGUGUACAACGUGACCAUUGGCCCGCUGUGCUACACCAUCUCAGGCGAGCUCCCGUCCUCGCGCCUCCGCACGCGCUCUAUCGCGAUGGGCCGCUUCGUCUACUCUGCCUGCUCGAUCGCCGUCGGCCAGCUCAACCCGCACAUGAUGAACCAGACGGCGUGGAACUGGGGCGCAAAGUCGGGCUGGUUCUGGCUCGGCACCAACGCACUCUGCACGCUCUGGUGCUUCUUCCGCCUGCCCGAGACGGGCAAGUUCAGCUUUGCCGAGCUCGACAUUCUCUUCGCCAACAAGGUGCCCGCGCGCCACUUUACCAAGGUCAAGAUUGAUGACGCGGCGGGCCACGGCGCGAUCCACCCCGCGGAGGGCAAGCUCGAGGUGUCGCACUCGGACUAG